CAAGAUGGCGGCAGCAGCCGAGCGCGGCGCGGAGCUGCCCGCGGAGCCCCCGCGGGGGGUUCGGCCGCCGCUGGCCCCCGAGGAGGUGGCGAAGCGCUUGGAGAGCACCCGGCGGGAGCUGAGCAACAGGCGCAAGAUCCUGCUGAGGAACCUGCCGGCCGAGAGCAGCAGCCAGGAAAUCCAUGAGUUAUUUAAAGAUUAUGAAAUCAAGUAUUGUUACGUGGACAGAAAUAAAAGAACAGCAUUCGUCACUCUGCUGAAUGGAGAGCAGGCACAAAACGCCAUUCGGAAGUAUCACCAGUAUUCUCUUCGGGGAAAAGAGAUAUCAGUGCAACUCCAGCCAACAGAUGCUUUGCUGUGCAUUACCAAUUUACCCACUUCAUUUACAUUGGAAGAGUUUGAAGAACUUGUGCGUGCCUAUGGCAAUGUUGAGAGGUGUUUCUUGGUCUAUAGCGAAGUUACUGGCCAUUCCAAGGGCUACGGCUUUGUGGAAUACAUGAAGAAGGACUCUGCUGCCAAGGCCAGACUGGAACUUCUGGGGAAGCAGUUGGAGGAGAACACUCUCUUUGCGCAGUGGAUGGACGUGAACCAGCUCACCACAAAUCUUAUUCACUCCAAGUGCCUUUGUGUGGAGAAAUUUCAGAAAGACUGUGCUGACUCCAAAGAACUGAUCCAAGCUUUCUCCGUGAAGUAUAAACCUGUGUUCUGCCAGUUUGCUCAGGAUGAAGACAGUAACAUCGGUGACUUUGCGGUGGUGGAGUAUGAAAGUGCAGAGCAGGCUGAGAAGGUACAAGAACUCACUGAUGGAAUGAGUAUCAAAGGACAGAGAGUGCAGGUGUCCUACUGUGCUCCGGGAGCCCCAGGCAGAAGCACAUUGGCAGCACUUAUAGCAGCACAAAGGAUGAUGAGGAACAACAGGAAGGGCUUGCUUCCGGAGCCAAAUCCAGUGCAGAUUAUGAAAAGUUUUAAUAACCCAGCAAUGUUGCAAAUGCUGCUGCAGCCCCAGUUGCGUGGACAUGCUGUUAAACCUGCAGUUCUUGGAGCAUCUGCAGGUUUACCUCACCUUAUAAAUUCAGCAGUUGGGCCACCUUUUUUGCAGCUGAAUAAAGUUCAUCAGGGUUCACUCCUGGGGAGUGCAUCUAACUUACUGCUGCAAAGCCCUGCUCAGAUACCACUGCCACAGCAGCAGCUGAUGAAGAUAGAAAACAUUCAGGCUAAUAGUAAACCGGGUUUGCUGGGAGAACCUCCAACAAUGCUCCUACAGACCGUACUGGGACUAGGGGUAAUGCCGUCAGUGAGUUCAAGCCUGGGAACCCGUGGAGAAGCUCUGAAGUCAGCAGCAACAGCAGGGAUGGGCAUGCUGCCAUUCUUCCCGAAUCAGCACAUUGUUGGACAAGCUAUGCCAGGGCAAAAUAAUGCUCCAGAUAAACCAGCGCCUACCGAAGCGGUUGUCUCGGGAUCACAGCCCUAUCAUCAGACCUUAACAAAUCUUUCUGCGGGAGCUUUGAGGGCUGGCCAUGCCAAACAACAAAAUCAACUAAAAAGUACUGAUGCAAAUUUGGGGACUCCCUUGAAAAAACAGACUUCACUACUAGGAGACCCACCAAAAGAAAUCCGUCUUAGUACCAACCCCUACUUGAACUUGGCAAGUGUGUUGCCUGGUAUAUGUCUUCCAGCAAUUGCCAGCAAAGCCUCCAGUCCACCACAGCAGACUGGGCUUUCAAACACCAUCGUGGAUGCUGCUGUGUCUCAGGGAACUGCAUCACAACAUGCAAUGGAAAACUAUUUGAAUUACUCUCAGCAGCAUGGGGAAUACACACAGGUGGCUCCAGCGAGAAGUGAGAAGCGAGGCUCCUCGUACCUGCUGUCCCCCCCUGAGCCCAGCCCCGUGGAGUUCCUUGCCCAGCAGACUCAGGGCUCCGCAGUGCGUUACGCUGAGUCCUCGCUGAAGAAGAAGCGCGUCUAUUGACACCGCCAUCACCACUCCUGCCCCAGGGUGUGAGGGCAGGUUCUCGUACCUCUGCUAUUUAUUGCUGCCUUAACUUCAGACAAGUAAUUCUUCUUUCUGUGUGGGUUAGAAGUAUCCCAGGAGGAACACCCUCUGUACCAGGCGCGUCUGCCGAGGAAGCGGUACGUAUGGCGACGAGGUGAGCCGGGCCUCGGGAGCCAGACUUGCCUCCUGAAGGGAGGGGAUGGAGGCUCCUUUGUCAUCUGCCACUGACAGCCACAGUGGGCUGAGGCUGACAGCACUGAGGAACUCGGUGAGUGUGGGGAGCUUCCCAGCUGAAAGCAAUACAAGUCCUGAGGAGGGAUUGCUGAGCCUUCCUCUUCUCCUCAAACCUGAGGGAGUUAAAAGAUGAAGUCUUGAUAGUAAUUUUUUCUUAUUUUUUUAACUGAGAAUGUGGGUUUUUUCAGUCUUACUUUUUCCAGGAUUAAGAGUUCUGCAUUUACAGCCUUUAAAUUUUUACUCUAUUUCCUCUUAAUCCUGGAAUGGAGAAAUACCAAAUGUAUUACCAGAGCCUCUGUGAUGUUUUCAAUAAAUGUUUGUUAAAAGUAA